UGUGUCCGUCGGCAGAUGGCGCUGUCGAGACAUGUGAGUUUGAGUGAAAAGACAGCGGUGCUGUUCUAAAGUAGUGUGUGUGUGUCUGCGUUUGCAGUGUUUUAAGUGUACUUAAUACCUAACACCUUUUGCUAAAUGUGCCGUUUCGUCUUCUUGGAUUAAUUUUCUGACCAGACCUUCACAGAUUGUGCACUGUUAUAGUCGUACAUCGCGAAUCUUCUCUCAGUCUAAUUGACAACAGUUGAUCUUCGUCAGGUCGAGCGCGUUUAACCUAAUGUAAACAAACCUCCGUCCGCGGCCGAAGAUUAGCUUUAUUCAUCCUCACAUUACCCUGGAUUUACCGUCAGCAGCUUUCGCUUACCUGCAAAGUGAGCUGUGGUCAGCGGGAGAUGGUUUGGCCGUGCAGGCAGGCCUUGGACUGAAGUUAAAGCCGUUUAUUUGAGUCUUGUCAGAGUGUCAGAUUCCUCUCGAGGCCUCACAUCUUUGGAUGAGGAAGUGAACGGAUCGAGCUCACCCAGGAGAAAGGAUCCCAUUUCAUGGGAGAAUCCUCUUUCCUUUACUCCUGGGUGAAUCAGUGAUCAGUCAAAAUGGAUGAGCAGGAGGCCCUGAAUUCCAUCAUGCAAGACCUGGCGGUGUUGCAUCGAUCCAGUCGACCAUCUGUUCUGUCUGACCUGGCCAAACCCAAGGCCUCCUCUCCCAAGAACCAGAAUGAUGUGAGGGUGAAGUUUGAGUACAGAGGAGAGAAGAGGAUCCUGCAGUUUCCUCGGCCUGUCAGUCUAGAAGAUCUGAGCGCUAAAGCUAAAGUCGCUUUUGGACAGAGCAUGGACCUGCAUUACACCAAUAAUGAGCUUGUGAUUCCAUUGAGUACUCAGGAUGAUCUGGAUAAAGCUGUGGAGCUGCUGGAUCGCUCGGUGCAUAUGAAGAGCCUAAAAAUCUUGCUGGUGCUCCCCUCAUGGAGUCAGAACUGUGUCUCCAGUAAGGACCUGUUGCCAACUCAUGACAUCUUGGACAACACAGACUUCAGUGCUCCAGAUAAAAAGAGCAUGCUGGCACACAUAGGUUCUCAGUCAACAGAUCGCAGCUCCCCUCCUCCAGGUUAUAUUCCUGAUGCUCUGCAGCAGGUGGCCAGAAACGGCUCUUUCACCAGCAUCAACAGUGAGGGCGAGUUCAUCCCAGAGAGCAUGGACCAGAUGCUGGACCCUUUGUCAAUGAGCAGUCCUGAGAAUUCAGCAUCAGGCAGCUGUCCUUCAUUGGACAGUCCACUUGACAGUGAUACCUAUCCCAAAUCCCGAAUGCCUCGAGCCCUGAGCUACCCUGAUAACCAUCAAGAGUUCCCCGAGUAUGAUAUACCAGUGUUCGAAAAAACAGGGAAAGGAGGAACCUAUCCUAGACGAUAUCACAUACCAUUUGGUCUGCAGGACUACAGCGACGGACGGAAGACUUUUCCCAGGGCCCGGCGGACACAAGCUCAUGGUUUUCGUUCUCCGGUGAGUUUCAGUCCUACUGAGCAGCAGAGCCCCAGCACUAGUAGUGGAAGCAGCAUCUUCACUCCUGAGCUUGAGGAACCGGGACGCAGACGCCGCGGCAGUGACAUCGAGCCCAGCUCCAACCCUACUCUAUCAGUCAUGGACAUCAGCCCUCCCAGCCGCUCCCCUCGUGCUCCAACAAACUGGCGUCUUGGGAAGCUUUUGGGACAAGGAGCGUUCGGGCGAGUGUUUUUAUGCUACGAUGCAGACACUGGCAGAGAACUGGCUGUUAAGCAGGUGCAGUUUGACCCAGAUAGCCCAGAAACCAGCAAGGAGGUGAGUGCUCUGGAGUGUGAGAUUCAGCUGCUGAAAAAUCUCUUUCACGAGCGCAUUGUUCAGUACUACGGGUGCUUGCGGGACACACAUGAAAAAACACUUUCCAUCUUUAUGGAGUACAUGCCUGGGGGCUCCAUUAAAGACCAGCUGAAGUCGUACGGUGCUCUGACGGAGAAUGUCACACGUAAAUACACACGGCAGAUACUAGAAGGUGUUUGCUACCUGCACAGUAACAUGAUCGUCCACAGGGACAUCAAAGGUGCCAAUAUCCUUCGGGACUCUGCAGGUAACGUGAAACUGGGUGACUUUGGAGCGAGUCGGCGGCUCCAAACCAUCUGCCUGUCUGGAACGGGCAUCAAGUCAGUGACAGGUACACCCUACUGGAUGAGCCCUGAGGUCAUCAGUGGAGAGGGUUACGGCAGGAAAGCUGAUAUCUGGAGCAUCGGCUGCACUGUAGUGGAGAUGUUGACUCAGCGGCCCCCGUGGGCGGAGUUCGAAGCGAUGGCUGCCAUUUUUAAAAUCGCCACACAGCCAACCAACCCCACCUUGCCACCUCACGUGUCGGACCACUGCCGUGACUUCCUUAAACGGAUUUUUGUGGAGACUAAACAGCGUCCCGCUGCUGAGGACCUUUUACGGCACACUUUUGUCCACUAGCCACACCCCCUUCCAACUCUGACCGAUUAGAGACUUCCAUAAGUGUCUAUAGGACCAUCCCCUUUUCAGACUCCUCCCGGCAGGCCUUACUGGACCAGAGGGCAAAGCAAAGAGGGCAGUGGCCUAGUUGCACUCCUCCGCUGGGGCAGGAGGGGGAUUUGGAGCAGCUUGAUUCUGUACGAAAACAUUGCACCUUAAUUUCACUCAGGGGUAAGUACCCCUAAAGACUAAAGGGUAUCGGUACCCCCUCCGAAAGACUAAAGGAUGUUGUCUUUUAAAGGCGUCCUUUUAUUUGGUUUUUAAUGUUUGUGAUUGUGGAGAGCCGCUUGCGUUCUGGAUGCACUGGGUUAAUGCAGGAAGAUCAAGGAAUGUCAAGCCCCAGAAGAAGACAGGUACGCCAAUACGCUGCUAAAUGGUUAAAGAAAAUAAGUAAUUAACAAAACCGAAUGGAUGUACGGGACUCUGCAGUCCAGCUGUCAUGGCUUCUAAAGUUCUCAUGUUUUUGCACAGUCCUCCUACGACAUGAACUCAAAGAUCUUACUGUAGAAUAUUUACUCGCUAUGCUGUACGAACAUUUACGUUGAACUCUCGCUCACCUUCCGAUUACAACCACAUUACCGGAGUGUGUUCGCUCUUUCGAUUUGUCAGGAUCUUUUACACACUCCCUCUGUUUUUUUUGUUUUUUUUUACCGGGUGCCUUUUUUUUUUUUUAAACAAAUGUCUCCUUUCUGUUUUUUUCCUUGUAUCUUCCUCCUCCGACCAUUUUUCUAGAAUUUUAUAGAUUUGAUGCACAGCUACUCAUGAAUCUUUCGGACUUUGAUCUGUACAGGAAUUAGUUAGGACAGUUUGGCUCUUCAUACUGUUUCUAGAUAAGCGUAAGCAGCUCCGCUCUGCCUUUCUCUCCCCUUGGUCCCUCUGCUGGCAAACUGAUCUCGGGUCAGACUCACCAGUGCAUUCUUUCAACACAGUGCCGUACGCUUCAAUCUGAUCAGGUAGGCAGGUUGAAUACACACUCACUCAC